GCGACGGCGGCCACACAACGUCCCGAGUCCACGUCCACAGCGGUGCGCCGUGAGACAGGUCGCGCGGUCCCGUGUCCGCGCGCGUACAGAGUUGCAGUGUGCGGCCGCGUGUUGUUUGAGUAACGCGGGCGGCGCGUGCGAUGCGAUCCCGAUCGCGGGUUACCGGCGGCACGACGACCACGGCGAUUGCACUUGCACCGGCACCUGACGACGACGGCGGCGACGACGACGACGACGACGACGACGACUGCGACUAUCACCACCACCACGACCACGACGACCGCGGCUGUCGCGACGGACCGCGUUAUCGCAUCAUCAUUAUUCUACGUCCCGCCGCCGACGCACCUCCGCCGACGGGACGCCGACCAGACGACCGCGACAUCGACGGACAUGGCCGAGGCGGUGACGAGUCGCUGAACGACGACAAACGCGGACGACGGAGAUCGCGGCGCGCUCGCGGAUACACCGGCCCGACCGUGAGUUGUAACGUUAUACGAAUAUUAAGCAACAAUGAGCCUAAAGAAGAAACCCAAAGAAGACGACCACGAAGCAUUGGCCGGAGAAGAAGAAGCUGUCACAGAUGGUCAAAACUAUGUACUCGUUCCUCCGGAUGGUGGAUGGGGUUGGCUAGUGCUUCUGGGAAGCACAUUGGUCAACAUGCUAAUUCCAGGCACCCUUAAGUCAUUUGGAGUGCUGUUCGUAGAGUUCACCGAAGCAUUCCAUGCGUCAGAGACCGCAGCUUCGUGGAUACCCGCAAUCUGCUAUUUUCUCUAUUGUUCUUUAGGUCCUGUUUCGAGUUACCUGUCAUCAAUAUAUUCAUAUCGUACAGUAACGCUAAUUGGAGGCACUUUAGCUUCUCUGGGAUUGAUGCUCUGUUACUUCGCCGACUCCAUCACAUUUCUGUACUUCAGUUACGGGAUGAUGUUCGGCUGCGGCGCGGGUUUGGCGUUCCCUCCUGGCAUAUUCAUCGUGACAUCGUACUUCGUCAAGUACCGCGGAUUCGCCAACGGAGUGGCCAUAUCCGGCAGCUGCUUGGGUUCCAUGUUCCUGCCGCCGUUCCUGGGCUACCUGAUUGACAACUACGGUUACAAGGAGGUGGUGCUGAUACUCGGAGCCCUUACGCUCAACGUGUGGGUGGGCGCGAUGCUGUACCAUCCGGUCGAGCAGCACAUGGUCAAGCAGUAUGUGGACGACUGCGAGUGCGGUGACGACGGACUGGACAGCGGCGGCGAAGUGGACGCGGCGGCGUCGUCGGUCUCCCUGGCCGUGCAGGCCGCGGCGAACUCGGUGACCGGAGGUAAAAGCUUGACGGAACUACACCGGUGUGGCGAUGACGACGAGGACGGGCGGCAUCAAGAGACCGUGUCACUGCUGGCACAGAACCUUAACGGUUACGUGAUCGUCAACGAACUGAACGCGUCCAGCGUCAAAGUGCCGACGGACGACCGGUACCUGCUGGCUGGCGGCGGCGUGGCGGUUAUCGCGGCGGUCAAGAGCAAGUCCACGGCCCGGGCCAACAACUGCGGUUCCGAUUCGCUGAAGUCGCUGCAAGCGUUCAGCAGCUGCGGCUUGUUACGGACCACCAGCGGCGGAGCGGCCGACCACAUGCAGCUGCAGCACCACAACUUGCACUACCAACAUCAGCACUGCAACCUGCAGGCGCCGGCGUUCCGGGGCGCGAACGGAUCAUCGUCGCUGUCGUCGCUGCGGUACGUCAGCACGCCGUUCCACGGCAGCACGUUGGUCAGCCUGUACGAGGACUCGCAGCCCAAGAAGAAGCAGCAACAGCAACAGCGACGGCGGCGGCGGAACAAGCGAAACAAACGGCGAUCCGGUAAGCAGCACGAGCAGUCGCCCUCGCCGUCCGCGAAAACGGAUAGCGACGGUGACGGGGCCGACGGACAGACGUCGUCCCGGCGUAAAACCGUGGCCGGCGCGUUACAGUUGCUGUCCGACCCGCUGUUCAUAGUCAUACUCGUGUCGAACGCCACCACGGCCAUCGGGUACACGAACUCGGCCAUCCUACUGCCGUCGUACGCCAUCAGCAUCGGCCACGACAAGAGCAGCUCGCAGUACCUGCUGUCCGUGGUGGCCGUGCUCGACCUCGUGGGCCGGGUGGGCGGCAGCACGCUGUCUGACUGGAUCCGGCUGGACAAGCGGUACUACUACCUGGGCGGGCUCGUCCUGUCGGGCGUCGCGCUGUUCGUGCUCCCGUUCGCCGACGACUACCCGACCAUGUGUUUCGCGUGCGCCGCGUUCGGGCUCGGUUCCGGCGUCGUGGUCGGCAUCACGGCCGUUAUAAUGGUCGACAUGCUGGGCGAGGAGCGGCUGUCGUCGUCGUACGGCAUAUCGCUGUUCUGCAACGGGCUCGUCCAACUCAUCGGGCCGCCCGUGGCCGGUUACAUAUUCGAGACGAUCGGUUCGUACAAGCCGGUGUUCCACGGCAUGGGCGUCAUAUUGCUGUUCGGCGCCUCCACGUGGCUGGUGACUCCGUUCCUCAAGAAGAACCAUCAUCGCCACUGACUGUCACGGUCGCCAUCAUUUAUUCUCUACAACAAUAUUACUUACAUACAUAAGUACACACACACACACACACACACACACACACACACACACACACACACACACACACUGACAAACCAUCAUACACAUAAUACAUAAAUACUUAUAAAUAUACAAAUACACAAAAUUAUAGUAUUAUACAAGUGUGAUAAUAUUAUAUAACGAUUAAUAAUACAUAUUUGCCAUAACCGACGCGUAUACCUAUAUAUACGAUUAGUGUAAUUUAGUGACACGUCAAAAUAUCCCGGUAAAAAUAUCCCCGCAAAAAUAUUCCACGACAAAAUAUCUUGCGUAAACAUUAAUUAAAAAUUUAAAGCUUUUUCCUUAUAAAAGUUUCGUAGAUAUUAAUAUAAUACAGUUAGUUAUUAUUGACAUUUGUAGAACACGAAAAAAUGUAUUAAACAAUGUUAAAAUAAAUAUUAAAAUAAGUUUUUCGUCAAAAAUCAAUACGCUUAUUAUAAUACCGAGUUAUGUGCUAUCGAUUUUAAAUAUUUAUUUUUAUUAGUUUCAUCGUAUCCUUUUACAAUAGAAUUUAACGGCUUGCCUAAAUUUUUAUAUUUUCGCCUUUUUUCGGUUGAUGUACUCCAGCUGCUUGUUAUUCAAUUUUGCCCCCCCCCCCCCCCCGUAGACCUUGUUCUCGUUUUAACAUAUUAAUUCUAACAGCAAAUUUUAUAAUAAAGAUUAUCACUUUGAAGUUUGAGUUAUUUUAUAUAUGCGAGAUAUUUUGUCAUGGAUUAUUUUUGCGAGGAUAUUUCGACCGAGAUAUUUGAUAUUUUGUCGUGGAACCGUGUAAUUUAUAGUUUAUAAUAUAUAUUAUUAUACCCAGUGGCUUAUUUGGGUGCUGUAAAAGUGACGCAUCAAAAGUAUUCAAUAUUGUAGGUCGUAAAAUAGUAUGUAAAUACUUAUUAAACUCGAUUAUAUAAAUCUAAUUUUCAAUAUUAUGAUGGUUAUUGUCACAGUUGUUACCGCAUGUCAAUUAUAAUCAUAAUUAUAGGUUUGGUUUGAUUGAUGAGCAAUCAAUAUUGUAUGGGAAAUGUUUUUAAAAAUAUGGUGACUCUUCUACACGUGUUUUUAUCUGUCAGAGAUAAAAUGUAGACCCUAGAGGGAUGCAAAAUUAGAAGAUUGAAUAUCAUCCAUUAUAAUGUUAUAAAACAAGAGAAAUUUUGCAGCACCAAAAAUGUCAAUCAAAUAUGAUGCCACUGAUUUACCCAUAGGUACACGUGAUAUAAUAUUACAAUAAUUUAUUAAUUACUCAUACUUCGUUUAAUUAUAAUAUUAUUAAUAUGUCACGUAUGUCACAGAGAUGAUUCCGUUAUAUAGAGGUGCUUUAAAUUGCAUUCUAUUUCUCUUCCUGGGCCAAUGUAUUUAAUGAUUUCAAGAAUCCGUGACUCGCAGAUAUGAUGCGAUGAUUGCCACAACCCACAAAUACGUGAAUGAUCGAUUUGCAUUUAAACUUAUACAGCGUAAUGUAACAUAUUAUUUCGUCGUACGUUAUUCUUUACGAUAUCAACGAUUACUAGAAUAAUAUUAGAAGGUAUAAUAAUAAUAUAUAGUUUUUCAAAAGAUGCAUAUCCCAGGCGAGCCAACCAUUAUGUCGGUGGUGGCUAAAGGAGCGCCAUUGACAUAAGUUUUAACUCGUAGGCAGCCGUUUACCGUGUAUAAUCAAUUAUUUUUAUUACCGAUUCGUUAACCGUCAAUCAUCACCGCGUUUAUUAUUAUCACCGAUGAUAUAAAACACAUUCCAUCAUUGUGCGCGUUUUCCGUUGUAUUUUUUUCCGCUGUAACUUUUAAGCUGGUUUUUCAUAAACUACCGAACACCGCCGCAGGAAUUCGUACGAAAAACAAUGUUUACCUAAAAUCCGAGUAGCGUGAUGAACAAUUUUUAUACUAGAAGCGAAAACAAUAACAAUAAGGACAGCAAAGAAACAAAAUUGUUAAAUAUAUAUAUAAGUAUUUCUAAAAUGUAUAAUCACACACUACCCGUUUUAGACUUGAGGCAAUCACCUUGAAAAACCCUCUAGGGAAGUCACUGCCUGCGCAAUACUUAUAUCGACACGAGCGUGUACAAUACCAUAUCGCUAUCAUAUAAAGAGUUCCUCGUUUUUACAUAGAAAUAAUAUGCUAUCAUAAAAUAAAAUACCGAAUACGAUACGCGCAAUUUAAUGGUCGACGGUGCUACCCACCGACAUAACAUUUUUGUUUCGAUUCUAAUUUUUAACCGAUUCUUCCAACCCCCCGACGUCACAUCUCAUACAUUAUUAUUGUUAUUUCACACAGAUGACCUAUAAUAUCUGCAGUGACGUGUGCUAAUAUCAAACUUGUUUUAGCUCAUAUGUUUUUAAGUGUAUAAUUUAUAGUUUAUACUUUAUUUCGAUAUAUUCAUUAUUUUUUUACACGUAUAGUCGUUAUAGUCUCUCUUCU